CCGCGCGGGCGGUGGGCGGGAGCGAGCGCGCGCGACGCCCGUCCCGACGUGAAACUCCCCCCUUUCCCUCAUGGGAAUCUGAGUCGAGGGGGUUAACACCCCCACCCAAACACGCACACACGCACACUUGUGGCUCUCUGCUCCUCCGGCCGCCCGAGGCUGCGAGCCAGAGCCGCUCUCCUUCUCCCACCCCCCCACCCCCGUCCUGGCCCAGACCCGCCUCCCCGGCGGCGGUGUCCAGGUGCGAAGCCCAGACCCAAUCGCAAUGGCGUCCAACGCGGCGGAGAGGGAGAUUUUCUUCACGGAGCUGCAGCAGGAAGUGUUUUGAACAUUGUGGAAAAUCAGUAUUAAAUGGACCAAUGGAUAAUUGACAUCUGAAAAUUAUGGGAGAUGUGCGAAAUAUAAUUGUUCCUGAGAACGUGAACAUUGGACAAAAAUUGGACUAUUCGGACACAAUGGUACAACAGAAUUUGGAUGAAGUGAAGGACCAAAUUAAACGGGAAAUAAGGAAGGAACUUAAAAUCAAAGAAGGAGCAGAAAACCUCAGGAAGGUCACUACAGAUAAAAAAAACUUGGCGUAUGUAGACAACAUUUUGAAAAAAUCAAACAAGAAGCUAGAGGAAUUGCACCAUAAAUUACAGGAAUUAAAUGCUCACAUUGUGGUAGCAGAACCUGAAGAUGUUACAGAUUAUCCCAGAACUCCAGAUACACCAAAUAGUGAUCCUCGCUUUCCUACUAACAACAGAUUAAUUGCCUUAAAGAAACAGUUAAAUAUAGAAUUGAAAGUAAAGCAAGGAGCAGAAAAUAUGAUUCAAAUGUAUUCAAAUGGUCCAUCAAAGGAUAGAAAGCUGCUUGCAACAGCUCAGCAGAUGCUUCAGGAUAGCAAGACAAAAAUUGAAGUUAUAAGGAUGCAGAUUCUUCAAGCAGUGCAGACUAAUGAAUUGGCUUUUGAUAAUGCAAAGCCCGUGAUAAGCCCUCUUGAGCUUCGAAUGGAAGAAUUGCGACAUCAUUUUAGGAUAGAAUAUGCAGUAGCAGAAGGAGCCAAAAAUGUUAUGAAAUUGUUCGGCUCUGGAAAAGUUACUGACAGAAAAGCGCUUUCAGAGGCUCAAGCAAGAUUUAAUGAAUCAAGCCAGAAGCUGGAUCUCUUGAAGUAUUCAUUAGAACAAAGGCUAAGUGAACUCCCUAAAAAUCAUCCCAAAAGCAGUAUUAUUAUAGAAGAACUUUCACUUGUUUCAUCACCAACACUAAGUCCGCGGCAAAGUAUGAUAUCUACACAAAAUCAGUAUAGUACACUGUCCAAACCAGCAGCAUUAACAGGUACUCUGGAAGUUAGGCUUAUGGGUUGCCAAGAUAUCCUGGAAAAUGUCCCUGGUAGAUCUAAAGCAACAUCCUUCACUCUACCUGGAUGGAGUCCAAGUGAAGCCAGAUCAUCUUUCAUGAGUCGAACAAGUAAAAGCAAAAGUGGCAGUUGCAGAAACCUCCUGAAAACAGAUGAUUUAUCCAAUGAAAUCUGUGCUGUUUUGAAAUUGGAUAACACUGUUGUUGAUCAAACUAGCUGGAAGCCUAUUUCCAAUCAGUCCUGGGACCAGAAAUUUACACUGGAACUAGACAGAUCACGUGAGUUAGAGAUUUCUGUUUAUUGGCGUGAUUGGAGAUCUUUGUGUGCCGUGAAAUUUCUGAGGUUAGAAGACUUCUUGGAUAAUCAGCGACAUGGAAUGUGUCUCUAUCUUGAACCUCAGGGUACUUUGUUUGCAGAGGUUACGUUUUUUAAUCCUGUUAUUGAAAGAAGACCAAAACUUCAGAGACAAAAGAAAAUUUUCUCCAAGCAACAAGGCAAAACGUUUCUCAGAGCUCCGCAAAUGAAUAUUAAUAUUGCCACUUGGGGAAGGUUGGUGAGAAGAGCUAUUCCAACAGUAAAUCAUACUGGGACCUUCAGCCCUCAAGCCUCUGUGCCUGCUACGGUAUCAGUAGCUGAUGCUCACAUUUCUGGAUUAGGCUCACCAACUAGUGAUUCCCCUGUAGGUAAAUUGGUGUUUGAACUUGACCCUGAACCCAUCUGUCCGCCACACGUAUCUUCUCUUGGAGAAAUCGGUGAACUUUCGCCUGAACCAAAGUCUCCGCCUACCCCCACUCAGGAUGUGGAAACAUUUGAUUUUGAGAAUGACAAAAAUAAUUUUGUUCCAAAAUUUCAACCAGAAAUUAUUUGUGAGACUCAGAUUUCAAAUUCUGAUACUGAGUAUAAACAAGUACCUGAAGAUAGAAGAAUACAACAGAGAUUUCAGUUUAGUUUACAAGAUUUCCGAUGUUGUGCUGUUCUGGGUAGAGGACAUUUUGGAAAGGUCCUAUUGGCUGAAUAUAAAAAUACUAAUGAAAUGUUUGCUAUUAAAGCCUUAAAAAAAGGAGACAUUGUUGCUCGAGAUGAAGUAGACAGUCUUAUGUGUGAAAAGCGAAUUUUUGAAACUGUGAACAGUGUAAGACACCCGUUUUUGGUGAACCUCUUUGCCUGUUUUCAAACCAAAGAUCACGUGUGCUUUGUAAUGGAAUACGCUGCUGGUGGGGAUCUCAUGAUGCACAUACACACUGAUGUCUUUUCUGAACCAAGAGCAGUAUUUUAUGCUGCAUGUGUAGUUCUUGGCCUGCAAUAUUUACAUGAGCACAGGAUAGUUUACAGAGAUCUAAAGCUGGAUAACCUGUUGCUGGAUACUGAAGGCUUUGUUAAAAUAGCUGACUUUGGUCUCUGCAAGGAAGGAAUGGGAUUUGGCGACAGAACAAGUACAUUCUGUGGCACUCCAGAAUUUCUUGCUCCAGAAGUAUUGACAGAAACAUCUUAUACAAGAGCUGUAGAUUGGUGGGGUCUUGGUGUACUCAUCUAUGAAAUGCUUGUUGGUGAGUCUCCUUUCCCAGGAGAUGAUGAAGAAGAAGUUUUUGACAGUAUUGUAAAUGAUGAAGUAAGAUAUCCUCGAUUCCUGUCUACAGAAGCUAUCUCAAUAAUGAGAAGGCUUCUGAGGAGAAAUCCAGAGCGUCGCCUUGGUGCCGGGGAAAAAGAUGCUGAAGAUGUCAAAAAGCAUCAUUUUUUUCGGUUAAUUGACUGGAAUGCGUUGCUCGCCAAGAAAGUGAAGCCCCCUUUUGUCCCAGUCAUAAGAGGAAGAGAAGAUGUCAGCAAUUUUGAUGAUGAAUUUACCUCAGAAGCGCCUAUUCUCACUCCACCUCGGGAGCCUCGGAUACUUUUGGAAGAUCAGCAGGAAAUGUUCAGGGACUUCGACUACAUUGCUGAUUGGUGUUAAUCUUUUAGUCACUGUGAAAAUUCCAGCCGAUUUGCUCCCCAGGACAACUUUCUCCCAUUGCCCUAAGAAGACCAUUCUUUGGAUCACUCUGCUGCCCGUAGCUUCUGAUUUUUAAAUCAUAUGAAGAUUUUAAACAGUACUGCUUUUAAUACAGAGGAGGCAUGGCCUCUCUUUUGUAUAUCUUUUUUGUUUCUUUCUAACCUUGAGCACUGGAAAGCAAUUUUGUGCAGCUCUUGAAGCUGAUUCGGUGGGUGCGGGCUGUUUUCCACAUUCACAUGGGCACCCUUGUACUGUAUCUUUAUUCUUCCAGAGAAGAAAGCAUCACAAAACACCUGCCUUACAAAGUGGGACCACAAACAGAUAACUAAGCUAGACCGAUCACCUGCCCGAGUUUUAAGGAAAGAAAACAAAAGCUGUCGGUCCUUUUCAGAAGAAUGAACGUCCCCCCAAAAUGGUAGAACUCAAAGACUGUCGAGCACACUAGUGACUUGAUUUCUCAAAAUAAUAUGUAUUACAAACUAAUGCCUUGUUUAACAAACUCUAUGAUAUUUAUUAGUGAGGAGAUGCUUCAAAAUCUUACCUAUGUCAAAGCAGCGUCAGUGCUUCCAUUUGCAGAAAGAAAGAAAAAAAAAAGACUGGUCCUAAAGUUUUACCAAAGUCACUUGCUAAUGUGUUUGCCUUUAAAUCUUGUUAAACACUGUUCAGAAAUAACCAGCAAACAUGAAGAAUGUAAUGAAUGUUUUUCUAGUCUUAACCAGGAAUACUCGUAAAUGUAUGGAUUUCCCUUAAAUACCCAAUCACUGUUCUAUAUUUUUAAAAGUUGUGUAUUUUCCACAUUAACUUCAAUCAUAUUCUAGCAAAUCAGUAUAUCUAGUUAUCUCAUUCAUCAUACAUUUGCUGUUCAAAAUGUUCUAAACAUUCAUGUUUAAAAAAUGAGGAACUGUAUUGUAUACAUCCAGUAUACAUGUAUAUUUGGAAACUAUCGUUUUGUUUAAAUCAUAUAGAUUAACUGUACACUUUUAGUUUUGUCCAGUGGCUGUUAGAAUGUAUUACUGAAAUCCAGAUUUAAUGGUGAAAACCCACUUGUAUACAUUUUUAUGGCCACUGAAUUCAAUAAUCGUCAUCGGAAAUUACUGAGAAUAAGGGUAAAAGCAAUGUUUUAAGAGAAUGUAUAAAUAUUUUUGAUAAAACUUGUAUAUUUUAAGUCUCUUAACACUAUGCUGUACCUCAAAAGUUAAAAUAUCUUUGACCAGAUGCUGUGUGUUUGCUUUACAGACUUUAAUGUAGUUAGACAUUCUGAAAGAACAAAAUCAUGUUUAAAUCAGUGGAAAGCAACAUUACACUUUGUCAGUAUAUGUGUUUGUGAUCAACUUCAUUUCCUAACACCAGAAGAUCAAGAAUAAGCAUUAAGUUUUUAAUUAUUAGAUUUACUAUUCAAUCUGGAAUGUAGUUCAACAUCGAUAAGUCACAUACAGGGCAGAUUUUGCAAGAAAGUAUAGAGUAACAUCAAUAAGGAGUUUGUGUGUGGGGGUGCUGGGGAGGUAUUUUUUUCAUAAUCUGUUCCAUCACCCCAUUCAAACUAUUUUGUUUCAGUAUGAUAGCUGGGGACUCUAUUCAUAUUUUGUAACCUUACAAGAAUAUAAGGAAUAAGAAGGUUGCCAGAACAACAUAUCUGUAAAUUCCUUCAUAAGGAAGAUAGAUAAUACUUUUUUAUAAAAAUCAUGAAUAUUACUAAGUUGCAGUUUUUUUAAAAAAAUUGCACGUUUUUUAGGAUGCUAAUUUGGUUGUAUUUUUUUUUUUCAAAUUGCUACACCUUAAUUAAGCAAAACACUACAUAUCUGAGGUACAAUCUGCCAACCCCUUCCUUAUUAUUUCUAUAAACAGCUGGGUCCCUGGUAGGUGCUUCAAAUUUAAAAUCCUAUGGAAGAAACUUUUUGUAAGUAUAAAUUGUACAGAAAUGUUUGUAAUCUUGAAUUUAUGAAAAUCACAUUAGAGGCAGGGUAUUUUCACAAUUAAGCUGAAUGAAAGCACUAAUUUUAUCUAGUUUUGAAAAAUAGGCAAAUUAAGUUUUAAACUCUAGAUUGUAAAUAUAUUUUGCUAUACAUAUGUGGCUGCUGAAGCACUUUGUAAAAAAAAUUAGGGUAUUUUAGAAUGGUACACUAUGCAUUUAAAUGAAAUGUGCCUUUAACAGUGUAAUAGUACAAAUUAUCUGCAAUUAACUCUCAAAAUUUAAAUAGUGAAAUUUGUAUAGGAAAAAAAUUACUGAUUUGAAUUAUAAUCUUGUGUUUGAUCUUUAGAUAAAUGAUGUCUUUGGAA